GCACAUGAACGCUUAAUUGUGAUACAAUUAGUUCGAAUUUUCUUGCAAAUACUUAAUUCUUUGUAGUCGCCACCACUUUGGAUCCUACUCUUCUACAAUUUUUCGUCCCAUAUUCUGGUAAUGGUUAAAAGACGCAUUUGGUAGGUUAAAACAUUUUCUUUGAAAAAAACACUCUAGAAUAGCCCACAGCCACACCGACUGGGUCGAUUUAAGAUUUGUUUAAUAAAGCAUUUGUAGAAGCUGGAUAAUCGGAAGGGACAGCCAACAGCCCCUUUGCGUUGCGCUGAUCAUAGCGUCGUUGUUGUUUCGAUUUCUGGAAAUCAUGUUGCUUACUCGAAACAAAUCAAAGAUUUGGAUUCACAACAAUAAUUCACCAAAUUUCUCUUGUUCUUCAUUCAAAGAUAUUAAUACCCUUUUCUCCGACGAUUCUAAUUACAAUUCACCCAUUUCCACCACCACCACCAAAAAACCCAAUAUAUUCCAUCGUGUCCUCCGCGUUAACGCUGUCCUCCGUGCCUUCUCAACCCGACCCGAACCUGAACCCGAAUCAACAACCCAUAAAUCGAUUCAAAUCCCAGGAGCUGAGAAGAAAAUAGUGAUUUACUUCACCAGCCUCAGAGUAAUUCGUUCUACAUUCGACGAUUGCAAAGCCGUUCGAUCAAUUCUGUCUAGCUUUCGUGUUUCGAUCGACGAACGAGAUGUGUCUAUGGAUGUUGGGUUCAUGGAAGAGCUAAAGACCAUAUUGGGUACCCGUGUAAAGACGAAAUUGUCCUUGCCUAGAGUUUUCAUCGGCGGGAGUUACAUUGGUGGCGCGGCGGAGAUUAUUCAGCUGCAUGAAGCUGGCGAGCUGAAGAAAUACGUUGAAGGGCUGACUCCGGCGGAAUUCAGCACGUGCGAAGUGUGUGGAGGAAAUAGAUUUAUCCUCUGUGAAGAGUGCAGCGGUAGCCAAAAGUGUUAUAGCGAGAAAAGUGGAUUCAGGACUUGUACGGCUUGUAAUGAGAAUGGUUUGAUCAGGUGCCCUUCUUGUUACUACCCGAUACUCUGAAUGCAAUUAGAUUAGUUAACCUUAUAACUAUAAUUAGGCAAGUCAGAAAGUAUUAGCUGAAAAUGGAGGUGAAAAUUUUAGUAGUACUUCAUUUUCUUUGUUGUUGGAAUCUUUUCCUUCUUCAUUUCUUACCCUUUCUUGGUGUGCUUAUAAAGUAAAGAAGGCAGCUUGGUUUUUGCAAAAUGCUCUCUUUAGUUGAUUUUCUUUCUUGGUUGUUUGCUUUUGACAUAGUUCUGUAAAGUACUAAUACAUUCUAAAUUGCUAAUUAUGUAUG